AUGCACACUACUUUUGAGAAGUUUGGAGUCGUUGAGGUUUUCUUAUUUGGGCCAAUAAAUGAGGCGAAAAGUGAAGCCAGGAUUGGAGACGGUGUUGCAGUUUUCACUCUGCAGAAGACGAGAGAUGAACUGUGGGAGCAGCUCUUCACAAACAUCGACAAACAGAAGCAGAUUUGAGAACAAGCAAUUCUCAAAGUUCAGGAGAAAGAAGCAGAAAAGUCUAAAGCCAAAGCUGCCAGGAUUCAACAAGAGAAAAACUAUGCGCUGGAAACCAUGAUGAAGCUUGAGAAUGAGGAGCGGGACAGGAUUCAGAAGAUGAAGGGAAGAGAAACGCAGAGAGAAACAGCAGAAGAAAAUGAGAACCAGACAAACCUGCGGGGAACGGGCACACACAACAACCAACUGGUUUAUCAGAGAACAGAGCGUGCAAAUGCUACACCUGCACUCACGUUAUUGCGUAAUACUGGCAACACUGCUUCUGGUCAGAUAAGCAAGAAACAGAAAGCAAAAGAUCUGCCUGCUCCCAGAUCAGCUGGCUGCAUUAAGAUCAGCUUCACUCCACGAGUGUUUCCCACCGCGCUGAGAGAGUCUCGCGUCCCGGAGGAGGAAGAGUGGCUGAAGAAGCAGGCGGAGGCCAGGAGAGCAGUGGGCACAGACCUGAGAGAGGAAGAGAGAAACCCAGACUGGCUGAAAGAGAAGGGCGAUAAAUUGUUCAUGGCAGGAAACUACCAGGCCGCUGUCAACGCCUAUAAUCAUAAUAAAUGACAUGUGGAGGUACUUUACAUAUAUAGCACACUGAUUCCUUCACAUUAACUCACAUUAACUUUCCCACAGGCCUUUGAGUUACUGACGCCUGCGGUCGCUGCAAACGCUCCGGCCCGACUGAAGGCUCAAGUGAGGCGCGGAACAGCAUUCUGUGAGCUCCAGCUCUAUGUGGAAGGUCUUCAGGACUACCAGGCGGCUCUAGAAAUCGACCCACACAACGCAGCCCUGCGAGCUGAUACAGACAAGAUUCGUGAGAUCAUACAAGGCACCACAUGACGCAUCUAGCUCCUGAAAAGCUAGGAUCAUGGCUGCACCUGUAAUUGAUGCAUGAAUGUACAUGAGCACACAUGAACAUGUUAUGUUUUUAACACGUUCCUAAUGUGAAACCACACUUAAAGACCGGUUAAGCUGGAGAAAUGUUUUGUUCAUACUCUU